AUGGCUCACCGUGAUUCCUGUGACAAGGACUGCCUGGACCAUCUGUCGCUGACCACCUACGCCAUCACCUUCAUCCUGGGCUUGCCUUUCAACCUGCUGGCCCUGGGGGCCUUCUUCAGGCAGGCCAGACAUAAAAGCCUCACCCCUAAUGUGGUCUACAUGACUAACCUGUGCCUUGCCAACCUGGUGUUUAUCACCUGGUUGCCCAUCAAGAUAAUGGAGACCCUUAACUCACGGUGGACCCUGCCUGCCGUCUUGUGCCCCUUGUAUAACUUCUGCCACUUCAGCACCCUCUACGCCAGCGCUUUGUUCCUGACCGCCAUCAGCGUCGGCCGCUACCUGUCCAUCGCUUUCCCCAUCCAGUACAAAAUCUAUAAGAAGGCCAAGAACUCGUGCAUGGUGUGCCUGGUCCUCUGGGCUCUGGUGCUGAUCCAUGUGGCUCUAGUGUCCAUCACAGAAGGCAACGGCAGCAGGUAUUUCGUUUUUUCUUCCUCCAACAACACCUCCACCUGCUUCGAAAACUUCACCCAAGCCCAGCUGGACUUCCUUGUCCCAUUACGCCUGGAGAUGUCCAUUGUCCUCUUCCUUGCCCCUCUGCUGGUGACCACCUUCUGCUACCUAAGCUGCAUUACGCUUGUACUCCACACCCAGAUGUGUGCCAGGAGGAAAAAACGGGUGAUCCUAGUGGCAGUGACCACCCUCCUGGUUUUUGUGGCCUGCUUCGCCCCCUACAAUAUCUCUCACGUGGUGGGCUUCAUCAAGAAGCAGAGCGUUUGGUGGAGGCGGGAAGCGCUACUGACCAGCACGUGCAAUGCCUUUCUGGAGCCCAUCAUUUUCUUCUUUCUGUCCUCCUCCAUGGAACAGAGCAUCUGCCAUUGCUGGCUCACGGUUCGGGAGAAGAGCAUAGGCCUGGAUAAAACGAUGGCCUUGUCCUGCCACAGAGCCACAGAGUGA